CUCUCUCUCUCUCUCUCUCUCUCUCUCUCUCUCUCUCUCUCUCUCCCUCCCUCCCCUCUCUCCCUCCCUCCCCCUCUCUCUCUCCAGUUUGCCAUGUAUUGUCUGUUGUUGCUGUACCGAGCUCUCAAAGAUGAGCUGACUCCCAUCAGGCCGGUGGGAAAGUUCCUCUGCGUCAAACUGGUGGUGUUCGUGUCCUUCUGGCAGGCAGUUUUCAUAGCGUUCCUGGUGAAGGUCGGAGUGAUCUCUGACACACACACCUGGGACUGGGACAGUGUGGAGGCCGUGGCUACUGGUCUGCAGGACUUCAUCAUCUGCAUAGAGAUGUUCCUGGCUGCCAUCGCUCACCACUACACCUUCACCUACAAACCUUACGUACAGGAGGCGGAGGAGGGCUCGUGUUUCGACAGUUUUCUGGCCAUGUGGGAUUUCUCUGACAUCCGAGCGGAUGUGACGGAGCAGGUCCGUCAUGCUGGUCGUACAUUCCUGGGUCGUCCCAACAAGAUGUACUUCGGUGCGGCGGCUCGACCCGAAAACACCGAGCACACCAGUCUUCUCACCGCGUCCUCCCAGGACCCCGUCGGCGUUGCCGCCACAUCGAUGCCCUCCUCACCGUCCUCAAGUGGGCGGUACCAAGGCCUCGGCCGCACCCCCGCCCCGCACUCCAUCUCCGCCCCUGCAGGGUUCCCCUCCUCGUCCUGGGACGACGACAGCGACGGCUCCCCUCCUCCGGCGGGUGACUCACAAUAACUCAGCCGGUAGAACUUCUCUUUCUAAAAACUGAAUUCUGUAUUAAAGUCAGAAUAUAAAUAUAAAGGUGGACUCGUCUGGAGGCUUCUUGGAUGGAUUUUAUUGAAGGAAGACAGAGAAUAGAGUCUGUGAUGUCAAAGCCAUUUUUGUUGAGUAUUUUUUAAAUAAUUACAUCGUUUUAAAUGUUUGAAAUCUGUAUUCUGAGGUGUUAUGAUGUCAGUUUGAUAAAUCAGAAGGGGAAGCAGGUGCUGAAGUGACUGUUUGUUCUGAUUCGUAAUAAAAGAACACGCCAUAUAAUC